AUGCAGGAUCCACUCAGUUCUCUGGCAUUCGCUGACGAAGAGGAUGACCUCGAAGAGGAGGUGCCCAUUCACGAUGAGCCUUCCCUCCCAGAAGAGGCUUUGUUGGCCGGCUCGGCACCCUUGAGGGAUGAAGAGCAGGGAAACAGCUCAUACACAGACACCUAUGCCACAAGAGCGCAGCAGGAUGAUACAACAAGGGUCGAUACUCUUGCGAGCUAUGGGCAGCUGGUGGGUCCGCCCUCAUAUGAUGACUCGGUCCUCUUUGAACGCAACGACCCCAAUGAGGAGCCAGGCGGUGCAAGCAGCGCCAGCAGCCGCCCGCCCCUGAAGAUAUCCGUCACUGACCCUGUGAAGAAGGUGGAGCAGGGCUUUCUGGGCGUGCAGGGAGGCCAUGUGACAUACCGUGUCAGCACAUCCACCUCUCUGCCCACCUUCUCCCGCCCCGAAGUCACCGUCAGGCGGCGCUUCAGAGACUUUGUGGCGCUGGCGGAUCUGCUGAAGGUGACUCAUCGCGGAUAUUUCAUCCCCCCGCGGCCGGAGAAGAACCCGGUGGAGGGUCAGCGCGCGCAGCAGGACUUUGUGGAGCAGCGCCGCGCAGCGCUGCAGCACUACCUGGAGCAGCUGGCCGCACACCCCGCCCUCUCCCGCUCUGAGGAGCUGAAGGCCUUUCUGGAGAUUGAGGGGGCACUGGCGGACAGCUAUCAGUGGCGCCAGUUGCACCCCAUGCAGGGGUCAGUCCUGGAGGGCAUCGCCCGCCUGCCUAAGCAGCUCCUGGGCCAGGAGGGCACGAUAGCGGCCCCCGCGGAGGCAGCGCAGUCGACGAAGAACACGAGCGAUCUGCUGCGCCGGUGGAAGGAGUACGCAACAAGCUUCAAGGACAAUCUCAAGAGCGAGCCGGCCCCCAUGAGCGAGGCAGAGGUCAGCCUGCGCAACGAGAAGAUCAAGAUUGACGACUUCCAAGACAAGGUCAUGGCCGCCAGUCGCAAGGCUGAAAAGAUGGUGAAGGAAUUUGAGGAGAUGGGCAAUGCGCUGGGCGACCUGGGCCUGGCCUUCAUAAAAAUUGCAAAGUAUGAGGAUGAGGAGGGCGCGCGCACCGGCCCCUACACCGACUCCUCAUCCGCUUCCAAGGCCAUCUCAGCAGACACCCGCCGCAUCGGCAUGUCGUCGGUGCGGCUGAGCCGGCUGACUCGGCAGGCGACGGCCAGCUUUGCAACAGAGCUCAGCCCGAUCCACGACCACCUUGCACUCACCCCGGCAGUGGGGAAGGCGCUGCGUGAGCGCGAGCAGGCGCUACUGACACUGCAUGCGCUGGAGGCAGAGCUGCGCCGCAAGCGCCGCGGCAUCGGCUCCCUCGAGCAGGAAGGCUCCCAGGUAUUUGGCGGCGACAAGGGGAAGACACGGCGUGUGGCGAAUCUGCAGAGUGACGUGGCCGCGCUGGAGGCGGCGAUAGAGGCAGCGGGCGCCGAGUACAACCGCGUCCUCGAACGCAACCUCAAGGAGAUGCAGCGGUGGGCAGCCGACCGGGGCCGCGACUUCACGACGAUGCUGAAUCAGUUUGCCGGCAUGGAAGUGGCCUUCCACGAGCGCUGCAGAGACGUCUGGCUCGAGGUGGCCGAGCAGUUUGAAGAGGGGGCCGGUUCCCCCGGUACAGCGCAGCACUGAGCCGCACUGGUUCUCUGAAAAUGGUCUCAUCGUGUGUCUUGGCCUUGGAUCAUACCUCAGUCGCAGCUGACCCCAAGGGCUGGUGAGGGUGAUUGAGGAGAACAGCAAAGUCUGCUGUCCUGUGCUCUGCAUUGUCACGAUUUGAUAUGAGAAAGUGUGGUCUGCAUAUUAUUGCUCCUGGCAGAGGAGGCCUUGAUGCUGACAAGGUGUGAGGAUGCUUCAGAUGUUCAGGGCUCAUAUGUAGGAGCAAAACAAGACCAACUUGAGAAAUGGCCUGUUUGGCUGAGGCGCUCUGUUGGGAAUGAACCAUAGCUGCUGAAAGAGGUGGUAAGAAAACCGGCGUGUAUGCUUGCUUGAAAGGAACCCGGUUAAUCAAAUCAAGAC